AUGUCAGAGGUUCGCAGUUUCACUGCCCGUCCGCUGUCGAAACAAUCCGGCCGAAGCGACGUUAAGGAUGCAUUCCGUGUCUACCUAUCCUCGACUUCACUAGCAGGCCUGAGACUUCGAUCCGAUAACCUUUGCUCCAUAACGACCGCAGAGGGAACCCCAAAAACCGCGAUCGCUUGGACCGCCACGGAGAACAUACAAAGUACAGUUGUGCAAAUCUCAAGAGGUCUUCAGGAUUGCUAUGAAGUCAAGAUCGGCGAGAAAGUCUCUAUCAGCAGGAUUGAGGGUGCCCUCGAAGAUAUUGAUUCCGUUGUUCUAGUGGACUGCUCUGAUGCGGAAAAGAUCGAAAGAUUUGGCCCAAUCACGGCAGAGGAACAACAUCACUGGGAGUGGGCAUUGGAAUUUCCUCUGUUGAGAUGUGAGGUUUUAGCGAAGGAAUUGAAGUUUGAACUCGAGCUCAAAGGCCAGCGUCGGACUUUCCAGGUUGUCAACAUCCACAGCCAGAAUCCAAGCUCUAGCCGUACCAUUUUUCGAUUUACGAAAGCUUCCAGGAUCUCAAUUGGAACAGAAGUAGAAACACCACAGGAAAACUGCUCCGCUCUUUCUGUAAAAUCUACUGGACUAGGUGGUCUCUCACGACAGAUUGAUGAUAUCAACGAAAGUAUCUCCGACUUUAACCCCGAUCCUCGCAAACCAAUCAUGCCGGAUUUCUACGAGCACAAUGGAGGAAUCCUCUUGUACGGACCUAAGGGGACAGGCAAGACCGCUCUUCUUGAGCAGAUUGAAAAGGCGGGCUGGAAACAAGUGUUCAAAAUAGGCACUUCGUCACUUGGUCGAAGCACCAGUGAGAGCGAGGCAAAGCUUCGAAAUAUAUUCCAGGAAGCAGCCCGUUCCAAACCUAGCGUCAUCCUGAUCGAUCAGCUAGAUUUCAUCGCACCGAAACGAACCUCUUAUGAAUCACCAUCCCUCGCCUCUGUACUAUGUGAAAAUCUCGAUGCGAUUCGCAGUGCAAAUAUACUAGUGGUGGCUGCAACAAGACAUCCCAAUAAUGUUGAUGACGCCCUAAGGACACCCCAUCGUUUAGGGACGGAGAUCGAGCUUCAAGUCCCUACAGCCCAGGAUCGAGCCGAGAUUCUACGUGCUAUCUGCAGACCGCUGUCUGCAGGACUGACUGAUGCACUUAUUGAUCUCAUCGCUGAAAAGACCCACGGAUACGUCGGAGCUGAUCUAUUCGCUCUGCUCCAACUGAUUUGUCGGAAUGCACGGCAACGGCAAAUGCUAGAGCAAGGCUCUGUUGCUCCCGCCACCGAUCUCUCCGCCCAGAUAGCCAAUUUAUCCGUUAGCAAUGAAGAUGAAAGCGCGGCUGGUGAAAGCGCAGUCUACGUCACCCUGACGAUUCAGGAAUCAGACAUAUUAUCAUCUCUGCAAGAGAUUCGCCCAACGGCAAUGCGAGAAGUGUUCCUGGAAACUCCCAAAGUGAGAUGGUCUGAUAUUGGCGGGCAGCAUGAGAUCAAAAAGCGCCUACAACAAGCCGUGGAGAGACCCCUCAAGCAUCCCGAGCGUAUGAAGCGUCUCAACGUGAAGAGUAAAAAAGGAGUUCUCUUGUACGGACCACCCGGUUGUUCGAAGACUCUCACUGUCAAAGCACUAGCCACAGAAGCAGGCUUGAACUUCCUAGCAGUAAAGGGAGCCGAGAUUCUUAGCAUGUACGUCGGAGAAUCAGAGCGAUCACUGCGAGAAAUCUUCCGAAAAGCACGAGCUGCUAGACCCAGUAUCAUAUUCUUCGAUGAGAUCGACUCAAUUGCUGCCCGACGCAGCAGCUCCUCCCAGGGCGGCGUCAAUGUGCUUACAACUCUACUCAACGAAAUGGACGGUAUAGAAGAGCUACGAAACGUCCUAGUCAUCGCAGCAACCAACAAACCAGAAGUCCUAGACCCAGCUCUCAUGCGGCCUGGCCGACUGGAUAAUAUCCUAUACAUUGGCCCACCAGAUUUCGAGGCCCGAAGAGAAAUUUUUCGCAUCUGGGCUAGUAAAUCUAUUGUGAAUGCGGAUGUGGAUAUGGACGAGCUGGCUACACAGACUGAGGGAUAUUCGGGUGCGGAGAUCGUGAGUAUUUGCGAGACUGCCGGUGAUGCUGCUUUGGAUGAAGAGGAGGAGACGCAGCAGGAGCUUGAUGUUCAGCUGAAGCAUUUCGAGUAUGCUUUGAGUCAGGUGCGUCGGCAGCUUACUGCUGAGGUCAUCGCGGAGUUUGAGAGGUGGCGAGAUGGACUGUAG